GGAUUACACUCCCAUUCGGUCAAAAAACUGACCAUCCAUUGAAAUAUAUGGACCGCGCUCAGGAUCUUUUUCCGAAGAAUAUACAUACUCGAGUAAGAAAUCAGGUUGAGAGUGUAGCAAUGGCGCGCUGGUUGUGUCCUACUGCACCUGGAACCUCCUUGCUGAAACCCUCAAUUUCUUUACUACAUCAAAAAAUUCCCAAAACCCAGUUAUUCAAUUUCACAGUAUUGAAGAAUCGUGUACUCAAAAACCCAUUUAGUUUUCGCUGCUCAAGCUCCACGACACCCUCGCUAUCAGGCUCAGAAAGUGAUUAUGAAACCGAAGAAGAAUGUGUUAGUGAAUGUUAUGAUGAAGAAGUAGAAGGGUCUUCCGGGAUGGUGGGAAAUGGGAAAAGUCAGCCACCAGUGCGCAGGCGCCGGCGGAGGUACAGGAAACAGUACCCGGGUGAAAUGAAGGGUAUCACUGAGGAAAUGAGGUUUGUUGCAAUGAAACUGAGAAACAAUGGCAAGAAGAAAGGGAAAGAGAAUUCAUCCGUUGAUGAUAAAGAAUUGGAAAAGAAUGGUGAAAAAGAGGAGAAUUUUUCAUUGGAUAAGGAAAAUUAUGAUAAUAAUCAAAAUGGGGAAACAUGGCAGCCCAGUAUGGAGGGAUUUUUGAAGUAUUUGGUGGAUAGUAAGCUGGUUUUUAGCACAGUUGAGCGCAUUGUUGAUCAGUCCAGUGAUGUUUCUUAUGUUUACUUCAGAAAGACUGGACUAGAACGGUCAGAAUGUCUUUCCAAAGAUUUAGAAUGGUUUAGCCAACAGGAUAAUGUGGUUCCACAUCCUAGUAAUCCUGGAGUAAUGUAUGCCAAAUAUUUGGAGGAACUUGCAGAGAAAAGUCCCCCUUUAUUUCUCUGCCACUUUUACAAUAUAUAUUUCUCGCACAUUGCUGGUGGACAAGUGAUAGCCAAACAGGUUCCAAUUACUACUUUUCAUUUACUCUUCUAUUUGAUGUAUGAUGUUUAUGCUGAUUAUGGAAUAAAAAAAAAAUCCUUGGUUUUUGGAUCACUUGCAUUGAAAAAUAUUGUUUUGCUUUUAAUUUUCUCUUUAUAUUAUUAAACACUUGUACAAUCUGUAGUUUUCCAUCUUUAGCACAUUCUAAAACUGCAACUAAACUGGACCCCAGAUCUUUGCAAUUUGUCUUUCUUAACACUUGUGAAUAAUGAUGCGUCUUCUAAAAUAUUAUCAAUAGGAUUUCAAAGACACUGUUAGGUGCAUUAUAUCACGUGUGAACAACUUGCUUGAUAAUAGCUGGUAAACAAACUAUGAGAUCACAAGAAGCAUGUUUCUAGUCAUGAAUAAUGAAACAAGUACACACUUUUCAACUUAUCAAGUAUUUGGAUACCAUCCUUAUUAGAUUCUGAGUCCUAGUGAUGAGCAGUUAAUGGAACUUCGCAAAUUACAGAACACUCCUUGCCUUCUAUCCUGAUGACUAUUCCAAUGUCUAUAUUGCACUUUAUUCAGAGGGUUAUAUUGUAACAUGCGGAGUAACUAAGAAUUAUUACAUGAGGUUAUAUUAGGAUUGAAUUAUUUAUUACCCUACAUGAAUAAUGGUGGAAUAUCAUGAAUAGAAUAGAAGUCAGUGACACUGCUCCCCCUCAGUAACCCCGUGUAUGUUUGUUUUAUUUUAUUUUCCCU